AUGAAAGAGUGUCCUUAUGGCCUUGGAUGUUACAGGAAACGUCCCGAGCAUUUCGAUGAGUUUUCGCAUCCACCAGAGCACAAAAUAGCCAAUCGAUUCAAAGCUCAAAAGGAAGCAAAAUCUGCGGAUAAAUCAGCAAAAGUUAUCGGCAAGGAGAACAUUUCAGUGAAAACUUCCGAAAUCAAAGAGAAAGAGAAAACUCUUUCGGAGAAGUUUGGUUUUUACUUUACAAAGGUCCCGGGAAUCAAAAGUACAACAUGGAGUUCACUUUCUUUCGGCGAUUUGCUCAGACUUCAUCCCAAUCUGGAAAGCUCCGUUCAUUUUAAUUACAUGAUUGACUUGGAAUUCGUCCUAAAACAUAAGCCAAAUUCUUCGAAAAUAUUACUCGUCUCAGGCGACACUCUAUUUCAAGGGCGAGAAGGCAUUCCGCACAAUAUUUUCCAGUGCGUCGCAGAUGUUCCUCAAUUUGGAACGCAUCAUACAAAAAUGUCAAUUCUUAAAUUUCGCGAAGGACUUCGAAUUGCUGUUUACUCCGCGAAUUUGUUGGAUUAUGACUGGGAAGAACGAACACAAGUGAUUUGGCUAUCCCCGCUUCUUCCUCUCUUGAACGGGAGCGAGAAGAACGCAACAGAGUUCGAGACUGAUCUAAUCGAAUACAUUGAUAGCUACAGCCUUGCUCCGCUGAAUUCGCUCCUCCAGUCUUUUGAAAAAUAUGAUUUCUCUUCAAUAAAAGCCCGCCUAGUUGCUUCAUCUCCCGGAAGAAGACGCGACAAAGAAAAAUGGAAGUUUGGUCAUUUGAAACUACGCAAACUUCUCAAACAAGCAAAAUCUUGUAAUAAGGAAGAUCAACUCAUCGCCCAGUGCAGUUCGAUUGGCUCUAUUAGAUCUCGAGACUCGUGGCUCUUUAAUGAGUUUCUAGCGUCCUUCAUGACCUCCGCUGAUGGAGCGAGUCACUAUACAAAAGAUGAAAACGCUUUCAGGCUUGUUUACCCAACUGUGGAGCAAAUCAAGUGCUCAAAAUUUGGUUAUUCUUCUGGGGGCUCAUUUCCAUAUUCUGCUAAGACCCACGAGAAUCAAAAAUGGAUCACAGAUUAUAUGGCGAAGUGGCAGCCUGAUAAAAAGACAGGAAGAAGUCGAGUGAUGCCGCAUUCAAAGAUCUACCAGAGAGUCUCCGACGGAAAAGUAAAGUGGGUUCUUUCAGGGAGUCAUAAUUUGUCAAAAGCUGCUUGGGGACAGUGCGAAAAAGGCGACAGUCAAUUUCAUAUCCGCUCAUUUGAAGCUUCAAUUCUCUUCUUUCCGCAAGACUUCGGCCUCGAAUCAUUCAACCUUCCUACAUUCCCGGAAUUCCACAACUUGGCAAAGAUAGAAAAAUACUCAGAAAACGACCGUCCAUGGCUGUAUGACGUGAAAUACCUUGAACCUGAUGAUUUUAACCAAACCUGGGAUCCAAAAUAA